CCACUCGUUAUUUCACUUGUUCCUUGAAUCUGCCCUUCUCCGUAUACUUAGGAAGGAUCCGAGCCUUUUGCGCCGAAACUAAGCCCACCAGCAUCCCGGAGAUCACUCCGCGACCUCAGCGACCCCCAGCUUCUUGCCCCGCGGCAGCUGAUCUCUCGCCUUAUCCACCCUGAUCCCGCCGGAGCCUGGCUUGUUUUCCUUCAGCGCCCAGCUGCUCCCCCUCGCUGCCGGCUUCCUGUGUUGCAAGGAGAGGUGCGGGUAAAACGAAACUCCCGCUUCCGCCCAGGUAAGAACAAGCCAGGAUCGCCCAGCGACAGGUCUCGCCCCCGGCCGAACAGUUCUCAAUGAUGUCAGCCAAUGUUAUAUGUCUAUCCGAAAGCAAUCCUGUUUGAAGUCUGCAGGAUUUUAUUCUUAAUUGGCUCACGGUUGCAGCCUAAGGAUUUCCAUUUGGCUAUAUUAAAUCUACAGUGCAGAUAAGCCAGGAUGCCAGAAAAUCCAAUUGCAGAUAAGCAGCAGAUCCUGAGGAUUCUGGAGCGUCUACUAAUGAAACUUCAUGAGAAAGGAGAUACCUCGCAGAGUGAUAAUCUGGUUUUUCUAUACAAUACUCUUAAGAACCCUUUAUUCAACCACAUGCUGACUCUUCAGCAGUCAAUAAAGCAGCUGAAAGAACAACUUAGGUAUAUGCCUCCAGAUCGUUCAGUGGAUUUUGAUUUUACUAGACGAGGAUUGCUGGUAUUUGAUGCUGACCCACAUCCUGUUGUUAAUGGGAACAUCCAGAAUGAGAAGCAAAUGGCUCCACUAAUUUCCAGAUUUGAAAUGGACGAAUUUAAUUUGAUAAUCCAAAAAAUGGCAAAGGGCAGGCAAAUUGAGUAUAUAGAUAUAGAGAAACCAUUUAAUGGGGGCCUUGGAUUUAGUGUGAUUGCUCUUAAAAACCAAAGCUUUGGGGAAGUUGGUAUCUUUGUGAAAGAAGUACAGCCAGGAAGCAUAGCAGCCAGGGAUCAAAGGUUAAAGGAAAAUGAUCAGAUAUUGGCUGUAAAUCAUACACCGUUGGACCUGAACAUUUCUCAUCAACAGGCAAUCCUAUUGCUCCAACAGUCCACAGGCUCUUUACAUUUGGUUGUGGCCAGGGAGCCCACCCAGAACAGCAGUAGGAACUCCUCUACUGUGAGUGAGGCUAAUGAACCUGAAAUGGUCAGUUGGGGCCACACUGAGGAGGUUGAACUGAUUAAUGAUGGCUCAGGAUUAGGUUUUGGAAUUGUAGGAAGAAAAUCAAGUGGUGUGGUGGUACGGACUAUUGUUCCUGGUGGACUAGCAGACAGGGACGGCAGACUUAGAACUGAUGAUCACAUCUUAGAAAUUGGGGGUAUUAAUGUACAAGGGAUGAGUAGCGAGCAGGUGGCUCAAGUGUUGAGAAACUGCGGAAACCAUGUCAAGAUGGUAGUUGCAAGAUCUCCUUUGUGUGAAAUAUCUACAACCCCACCAACUCCGGUGGCUGAUCCUGUGGGUGAAUUAGCUGCUAUUCAGGACAGAGAAGCUGACACAGAAAAUGAAAUUCAUGAAGUUAAGUUGACUAAAAAAGAUGGACAGAGCCUUGGUAUAACAAUUGUUGGAUAUUCUGGAGUUUCCAAUUCAGGGGAAGCUUCAGGGAUUUUCAUAAAAAACGUAAUACCUGGCAGUGCUGCGGAGCACAAUGGUCAGAUAAAAGUCAAAGACAAAAUUAUCGCAGUUAACAGAAUUAAUAUCCAGAAUUAUACCAACCAAGAAGUUGUGGAAGCAUUACGCAAGACAGGACCAGUUGUUCAUCUGACAUUGCUUCGAAAGAAACCACAUUAUGUAGAAAGAGAGUUGGAUAGAGGGCUCAACUUGACUGGUGUAGAAACCGAUAGUGAAAAUGAGGAACCUCAAGAGCAAAAAGACAACACUGAAAAUGAAAGGAAUCAAAAGCAACAUGAAAUUGGGAACACCUCGGACUUAUCAGAAAAUAAGCCAACAUCCAAAUGGGAAACACUGCUGGGACCUGAUUAUGAAGUUAUGGUUGUCACAAUAGAUACACCAAUUGCAGAUGAUGCCGAACUACAAAAAUAUUCAAAGCUGCUGCCUAUUCACACAUUAAGGCUCGGAGUUGAACUGGAUACUUUUGAAGGACAUCAUUACAUCUCUUCCAUUGCUACAGAUGGCCCAAUUGCUAAACUUGGCGUACUGCAACUAGAGGAUGAACUUUUAGAGGUAAACGGUGUCCAGCUCUAUGGGAAAUCCCGCCGUGAAGCUGUUUCUUUUCUGAAAGAAGUUCCUCCUCCAUUUACUUUGAUUUGUUGCCGGCGUUUGUUUGAUGAUGACACAGAAUCUUUUGUGGAUGAGCCCACAGCCACCAUUGAUCAUUCUCUAGAACCAAAGGUGAAACUUGAAAAUCCAGAGGAAAAGCAGGAAGAUGAAGAUGUGGAACUAGCAGAAGAUGAAGAUGUGGAAUUAGCACUAUGGUCUUCUGAAGUCCAAGGCAUUGUCCUUGUCAAAGAUACAAAAAUAGGUUUAGGAUUCAGCAUUUUAGACUAUCAGGAUCCCUUAGAUCCAACAAAGACCGCAUUUGUGAUCAGUUCCCUUGUGCCAUGUGGAGUGGCUGAACGUGGUGGUCAGCUCUUCCCUGGUGACCGCUUAGUCUCUGUAAAUGAUGUAUAUUUGCAUACUAUUAGUCUAGAAGAAGCUGUAGAAGUUCUAAAAUCUGUACCACCUGGUGAAGUUCAUCUUGGAAUCUGCAAACCCUUGGGGGGUGAAAAUAAACAUAAUGGGACUUCUUCUGUGGAACCUGAGAGAUUUAACAGAAAUUCAAUAUCUCAGGAAUCAAUCAAUAAUAUUGAGCCAUCAAUCCUCCUUGCAGCUCCAAAGGACUUCAGAAAUGAAUCUGAAGAAGAACUUGUUGAUGAGCCCGUCUUGGAAGAGCUUGCUGAUGACCCAAACCUGGAUUUGGGGAGACAGUUUCAACUUAUGCAGAGCGAAACAGACGUUGAUAAGGAAUCCUGGGAAAUGCAUGAGAUUCUGAAGCACAUAGAAGAACGUCUUGGUGAAGAACGAGAGAUGUUAGUGGAUGAAGUGUAUGAUAUGGAUCAGGAUUAUGAAAAGUGUCCAUUAGCAGAUAUAAGAGAAAUAUCUUCCUCUCCUGUGAUGGACUUUGAAUCUGCAGGACAGUGGGCUGAAGAAUUAGACUGUGCUAAAAUGGUGGAACCGAAUCCUGCAAACAAUCUUAAUACUGAAGAGAAUGAAGAAAAGAGUACUAAUCGUUCACUCUUCCAUGGUGUUUCAGUGGAGUACAGCCAAGGAACUCCUAUGCUGGAUGGUAUUCCAAAGCAAGAUGACCCUAAAGAACAUCUAUACACAGAUGUUGAUCGUGAGAGAUGCAAAAUGAAGAAUGAAGAUAUUGAUCCUUCCAGCUCCCAAGAUUCUGCCCUACGUAGAGUAGUGCUGUCUAGUGAACUGCCUGAAAGAGAAGAAGGAGAAGGAGAAGAAACUCCAAUUUUCAGUCACUGGGGAUCACCCCAAAUAAUUGAAAUUUUUCGGGAGCCCCACGUACCUCUUGGCAUCAGUAUUGUUGGUGGACAUACAGUUAUAAAACGCCUGAAGAAUGGAGAAGAGCUUAAAGGAAUAUUUAUCAAGCAGGUUUUGGAAGACAGCCCAGCAGGAAGAAUGAAAGCUCUCAAAACAGGAGAUAAAAUACUUGAAGUAUCUGGAACAGACCUACAAAAUGCUACUCAUGAAGAAGCUGUGGAAGCUAUCAAAAAUGCAGGCAACCCCAUUGUUUUUGUCGUGCAAAGUCUGUCAACUCUUCCAAGAAUAAUUUCAGUAAUAAACCCUAAGAAAAAGGAAAUCGAAGAGAAUCAGGAUACAGAAGAAACCGAAAAGAAGAAAAGUGGGAUUCUACCACCCAUGAAAUUGCCACCACCUUACAAAGGAGCAAGAAAGUCCAGCUUGGGUGAUCCAGAAGAAGAAGAGGAUGAAGAGGAAGAAAAUGCUUUUACAGAGGAGAAAAUCAGACAAAGAUAUGCAGAACUAUCUGGAGAACUGCACAUUAUUGAACUUGAAAAAGAUAAGAAUGGACUUGGACUCAGCCUUGCAGGCAACAAGGAUAGGUCCCGCAUGAGCAUUUUUGUUGUGGGGAUUAGUCCAGAUGGCCCUGCAGGAAAAGAUGGAAGAAUGCAUAUUGGAGAUGAACUUUUAGAGAUAAAUAACCAGAUCUUAUAUGGGAGAAGUCACCAGAAUGCGUCUGCAAUAAUUAAGACGGCACCAUCAAAGGUCAAACUGGUAUUUAUACGCAAUGAGGAUGCAUUUAACCAGAUGGCUGUAGCUCCUUUUCCAUUACCCUCUUGCACGCAGUCUUCCAAUGAGGAUAUCAGCAGCAAAGCUGAAAAACAGGCAAUUGAAGACCAGCAAGUUAAGGCAGACCAGCCUCCAGAAAAUCUUCAAAACCAGUUAAAGCAAACAAAGUCUUCCACAGUGAACCCCAUCCCCAUCAAUUUACAUGAGAUUUCUUUGGCCCCCGAAUCAUCUUAUCCUCCAGAGACAGAAUUCAGCAACCGAAACAACUUUUCACCUCCUCCAGUAGAUCCAGCAAUGUGCUCAAUUGUUCCUGGCCAAGAAAUGACUAUUGAAAUAUCCAAAGGACGAUCAGGUCUGGGACUCAGCAUUGUAGGAGGAAAGGACACACCGCUUGAUGCCAUAGUCAUCCAUGAAGUUUAUGAAGAAGGGGCAGCUGCUAGAGAUGGUCGACUUUGGGCUGGUGAUCAAAUUCUGGAAGUUAAUGGCAUAGACUUGAGAAACGCCAGUCAUGAAGAUGCUAUCACUGCCUUGAGGCAAACACCUCCAAAAGUGCAGCUUGUUGUCUAUAGAGAUGAAGCUCAUUAUAAAGAUGAAGAAAAUUUGGAGAUUUUCCAUGUAGACUUACAACGGAAAAUGGGCCGAGGAUUAGGACUUAGCAUUGUAGGGAAAAGAAAUGGAAGUGGCGUGUUUAUCUCUGAUAUUGUCAAAGGAGGAGCUGCUGAUCUCGAUGGAAGACUAAUUCAAGGAGAUCAGAUAUUAUCUGUCAAUGGUGAGGAUGUCAGACAUGCUUCUCAAGAGGUGGUAGCCACCAUUCUUAAGUGUGCCCAAGGACUUGUGCAGCUGGAGAUUGGACGGUUGAGGGCGGGAUCUUUGUUAUCCUCAAGGAAGACAUCACAAAACAGUCAGAUGAGUCAGCAUAAUGUCCAAAGCCACUUUCAUCCUACAUUUGCUCCAGUUAUCUCCACUUUGCAGAAUUUAGUCAGUACUAAGAGAUCAUCUGCCGAUCCUUCUCAGAGAAAUUCAGUUGGAGCAGACAUAAGCCCAAGAACUGUGGAAAUCAUAAGGGGCCUGAACGAUGCUCUUGGUAUCAGUAUUGCUGGUGGCAAGGGAAGUCCCCUGGCAGAUAUUCCGAUCUUCAUUGCUAUGAUUCAAGCCAACGGAGUGGCAGCACGCACGCAUAAACUACGAGUUGGUGAUAGGAUUGUCAGUAUUAAUGGGCAGCCUUUGGAUGGUCUGUCUCAUGCUGAGGUAGUAAAUCUGCUGAAGAAUGCCUAUGGGAGCAUCAUCCUGCAGGUGGUGGCUGAUACCAACAUCAGUGCCAUUGCCAGCCAGAUAGAGAAUAUGACUUCCAACACUAACUUUGCUCCACCCCCCGAGCAUCAUUCUGAAUACCCAGAAGCACCUCAACCUAAAAUCAUUGUGUUGGAGAAAGGCUCGGAUGGAUUGGGCUUUAGCAUCGUAGGAGGCUUCGGAAGUCCACAAGGAGACCUCCCUAUAUAUGUCAAGACCAUUUUUGCAAAGGGGGCAGCUGCAGAUGAUGGCAGACUGAAGCGUGGUGAUCAGAUUUUAGCUGUUAAUGGGCAGUCUUUGGAAGGUGUGACUCAUGAGCAAGCCGUAGCUAUUCUGAAGCACCAAAAGGGGACAGUGACAUUAACAGUGUUGCCCUGAGCUUUGCUGCAAAUGCAGUUUGGGCUGGAUGCAAUUAUUUCUAAGCAUUGCUAGAGCUGCUAUAAAAUGAUCUACAAUCCCUGUCAGAUGACAACCCAACUCCAGCUAGAAUUAGCACAUAUUAUUAAGAAUGUUGCUAUGCAGCUAUGGCCAUUGUAGUGGUCCAUUAUGUCUUGUCAUUGAAGCUAUUUGUGAAAGCCUUAAUCCUACAUCUCAUCCAGUCUGGGUUCUCUUGAAUGGGCUUUUGAUUCCUUCCUUUGUCUAUAAUUAUUAUGUCUUAGUAGGAAAUGUAAUCAGGAAACUAAAAUUAGCAUAUAUUACAAGAAAGAAUGUGGCUGUUUGUUGGUUCCCAUCUAAUGAACAGAUAGAAAUACCGAUUGACUUUGCAUCUCGCUCAUGGUUUGAUUGUCAAAUUUUUCAGCCGUGCCAGAAAACAUUAAAACAUAAUUCAAUUACAGCUUUUUCAAAUAAUGAAAUAUCAAAUUCUACAGUGGGGAAUUAAUUGCAUACGGAUGUCUAAUGAUGAAGUGCCAACCCUCCUGUCUAAUCUCUCUAGAUUAAUAUAUGUAAGUUAGUUAUAACCAUGACAAGUAAAUUUUAAACUUCUCCUUAUUCGUUUUCUGGUUUUAUGAAAUCUUGUGAUAGAUUGGCAAGAAUCUUUGGAAGUUUCUAUCUCUGGACAGCUAGUUAAAUAGUGAAAAUAAUUUGUACCGUGUAAAGAAGGGGUGGGGAAUGAUGGUCUUUUUAUGACUUGUGGGCUUCAACUCCCAGAAUUCCUGAGCUAGUGUAAAGCUUAACUCCAAUGAAAUGGAUGAAAGUGAGCCUUAAUUUGAAAUUAGGGCUACUUAUUAUUUAUAAUGAUAAUAUUGUAAUGAAUUGUAAACAUGAUCUACCAAUCUCAUGAUCAAAUUCUGACAUUCAUGUCUCACCAAUAAAUGAAAUGACAAUUUUCUAUUUAAAAUCCUGCAGCUUCUGUAAAAUAUGUUUACUGUUAUGAUACAAUUAGAAUGCAAUAUCAUCAUCUUGUUUAAAAUAAAGUAAGUCUCUCAACCCAAAAGUGCAUUUUCAAGAGGCAACUGGACUUUCUUGUUUUUCUUUGAAGACGUUUUGCUUCUCAUCCAAGAAGCUUCUUCAGCUCUGACUGGAUGGUGGGGAAGCGAAGAAGCUGAAGAAGCUUCUUGGAUGAGUAGCGAAACAUCUUCAAAGAGAAAAAAAAAAGAAAGUCCAGUUGCCUCUUGAAAAAGCACUUUUGGGACAACCAUGACCUGAGAAUCACCAUAGACAUAUGUCUCUUAACUAUGCUGAGGUGAAUAAGUAGUGAUCAAAAAUGAAGUGGCAUGUCCUGUCAAGAAUAAUGUCUGUGUUUUCGUGUUCUGUUUUUGGAUCUAGCGAAUCACAAAGUGCAUUAAGCUAUUGGAAUAUAGGAAUAGCUAUGCAUAUUCCACGAACAGUGCCUGAAAGCAGAUUAAAUUGAUUUUAAAUGUCCAAAUAAUGAUAUUUAUAUGAAAUGCAAGUGAAAAUGGCCAUGAAGAAAACUCACUAAUUCUUUUUAAGACUUGAGGGCAUUUAGUGUUGUCAAGUUAUGCUUAGAUUUGCACCGGAUAUUUAUGCUUAACUUGAAGGUAUAGAUAGAAGAUGUUAACUUGUUUAAGAAUUGUGAUCCAAAUCCAAUGUGAUUGGCCAAAAAUGUAUAUUUUAAAUGGAUACAAUCAUCCUUUUAAAUGUUGUGAAAGCAGUGGGUCUUCUUUUCCUAAGUUUCUGAUGAAGGGGAUGUUGGACUUAUACGCUAAAAUAAGUGCAUGUUUUCUAGCUCAUAUGGGAGAUCACCUCAUUGUUGCUUAUAUUUUAUACUUUUUAUUUGUUUCAUAUAGUACUGUCAAAAAAUAAACCAAAAACAUCCCCCCCAAACCGCAUUGCAACCUGCAGAUAAAUUGGUGAUGAUGUGGAAAGUCAGUGCUAUAUGUAAACAUUCAAAAGUACAAUCUGGUUGGAGAAUUUACAUCUGUCAAGUCUUUCAGAGAUAAAUGGAAAUUACUUAAGUGUGUACAGAAAAACUGCCCGAUUGAUUGUGCCUCAGUUGUUUAAACAAAAAUCUAUGUCUUUCUGAGAGUUUAUGGAUUUUAGAUUUUGAUAAUGCUGCUAAUUUCUAAGAGGGAUGGAGAGACCUACUGUAUGUUUGUGUAUAAAAUAAAAUGUUUUAUGAAUUCCAAAGAUUCUUAAUAAAAUUCACUUGCAUAAAUAACGGUGGGAAGGAAUUAACAUUGCACCCAUACACAGAAACAUAACUAUGAUAUUACAGAUUAUUUUAGUCUUUGCCAGCAAAGAAACUUUAGCAUGACUAUGAAGAAGGAUUAAAAAUCCAAGCUUGGCACAACUUUUGUAACGCUCAGACUUAAGCAAAAAAGCAUGGGAAACUUGUUGAUUCUACCCAAUUAUUAAGGCAAAGACUAAGCCAUUUAGUGAUAUUGUUCACAGACAUUUUAGAAGAGAAGAAUAUAUAUCCUGAAAAAUGGUCUGUCCAUUAUAUUUGAUCCUAAUGUAUAAUAAAGGACUAAAAGUGUUAAAAAUGACAGCCAUUUGCAAAAAAGGGGGAAAUAAGUCAAUAUUGUUAGUGAUUAAAAAUUUGUGGAAGAUGAUCUUGAAUAUUUCUUAUUAAGAACAGCGGGCAGUGCUAAUAUAUUAAUAUAUAGGCAAUAUUUUCCCAAGGUCUAGCUUAAAGAAGAGGGAGGGAGAUUCCACUUCUCUUUAAGUUGGGAGCAUAAAGUUUGAAAUCAACUUACAAAGUUAUACUUGACUAUUUGUGUGCAGAUGCAUCAGCCCAGUGUAGCACCUCUCCUUGUUGCCUUUUUUCCCAGAGUAAUACAUCUAACAUGAGUAAAAAUAAUAUACUUAGAUCUAGCUCUGAAUCAUUUUUCCCUUAAAUUCAAAAUGGUUCCAAACAACAAGACUAGAUCCCUUGCUUGCUAUAUUAUUGGCUAAUAUGCUUAUCAAAUCUUAGCUACAGAGAUUUUUUUUUUUUAAGUUAACAUUAUUCAUGGGCUGGGCUGAAGCAAAAUUAUUGUUGGUUUUUUUUAGUUAUGCUCACUUACAGUAUGUGGUUGUUUCAGUUAUCCUUUUACCAGAGCUUCUCAUUAAAAAAAAAAAAAUCUUAGAAAACAUGUUCCUUCAUUUUGUGCACCCUCUUAGUAUGUGGACAAUUAAAUGACAGAUAAAUCUAUCACUGUUGUGAGCUGCUAUGCAAAAGGCAGACUAUAAAUCCAACAAAAUAAAUGUAAAAUACAAUAAAA